CUGUGACUGUGAUUUACGAUCUCUCUCCAACUCUGUGAGCAGCUAUGGAUUUGACGGCGAACAUGCCCUUGAAUGUCGGGUUCCUCAUUGUCGCAACGAUAAUCAUAGCAAAGCUUCUUUCCAUGCUUCUGACGCCUCGAUCCAGAAAAUGCCUUCCCCCAACUGUAAAGACAUGGCCUUUGUUUGGUGGACUUUCUCGUUUCAUGAAAGGUCCCAUUGUGAUGCUCAGGGAAGAGUAUCCAAAACUUGGGAGUGUAUUCACUGUGAACCUUUUGAACAAGAAAAUCACUUUCCUCAUUGGACCUGAAGUAUCUGCUCAUUUCUUCAAGGCUUCAGAGGCCGAUCUUAGCCAGCAAGAGGUCUACCAGUUUAAUGUGCCAACUUUUGGUCCAGGUGUUGUGUUUGAUGUUGAUUAUUUAGUGCGACAGGAACAAUUCCGUUUCUUCACAGAAUCUCUGAGGGUGACGAAAUUGAAGGGUUAUGUGGAUCAGAUGGUUAGUGAAGCUGAGGAUUACUUCUCAAAUUGGGGAGAGAGUGGUGAGGUGGACCUUAAAUAUGAACUGGAGCACCUAAUCAUUUUGACAGCAAGUAGAUGCCUUUUGGGUCGUGAAGUUCGUGAUCAACUAUUUGAUGAUGUGUCUGCACUCUUCCACGACCUUGACAAUGGUAUGCUCCCAAUCAGUGUCAUGUUCCCACACCUACCCAUUCCAGCUCACCGCCGUCGUGAUCGUGCCCGCAAGAAGCUAGCAGAAAUCUUCACUAACAUCAUAGCUUCCAGGAAAUGUGCUGGUAAGUCAGAGAAUGAUAUGCUGCAGUGCUUCAUCGACUCAAAGUACAAAGAUGGACGCCCAACAACAGAAAGUGAGGUCACUGGGCUGCUCAUUGCUGCCCUUUUCGCUGGACAACACACCAGUUCGAUCACCUCUACCUGGACUGGGGCCUAUCUCCUUCGUCAUAAGGAGUACCUCUCCGCUGUUUUGGAUGAGCAGAAGAAGCUAAUGAAGCUGCAUGGGAACAAGGUUGACCAUGAUAUCCUGUCUGAGAUGGAUGUCCUGUACAGGUGCAUUAAGGAGGCCCUCAGGCUGCAUCCCCCGCUGAUACUGCUGCUGCGUAGCUCACACAGUGACUUCAGUGUGACAACCCGGGAGGGAAAAGAAUAUGACAUACCAAAAGGCCAUAUUGUUGCCACAUCACCAGCUUUUGCUAACCGCCUGUCACAUAUAUAUCAGGACCCAAACAGGUAUGACCCGGACAGAUUUACAGCAGAAAGGGAAGAGGACAAGGCAGCAGGGCCAUUCUCAUACAUCUCAUUUGGGGGUGGGAGGCAUGGGUGUCUUGGGGAGCCAUUUGCGUAUCUGCAGAUUAAGGCAAUAUGGAGCCAUUUGCUGAGGAAUUUCGAGUUAGAGUUGGUCUCCCCAUGCCCUGAGAUUGAUUGGAAUGCCAUGGUUGUGGGUGUGAAGGGAAAGGUGAUGGUGCGAUACAAGCGGCGGCAGCUCUGUGUUGAUUAAUUGUCUGGAACAAGUGGCUUGCAUUGUCAACUUUGAUGAUGUGGUUCUUGGGACUGUGUCUGCCCCAUUUUGUACAUCAAUGUGUCAUUGCUAUCCCGUUUUAUUUUUAGUU